CACACCUAUUCCCACUCGUACCAACUACCAGGCCAGUUACAGUCUCUUGUCGAUCAUCCCCUGCCGAAGCAUCGACGCACAUCCACCUUCGCCCCAUUGCUCAGUGCUCGGAGCUCAUUGUGCGCUCUCCGAUUUCCGAUCUCCUUCUUCUCAAUUCAUCAUUUUGCCACUCUAGCCUUUCUCCCCACCUCCACCACCACCAACCUCGCCCUUCCACCAGUCUGAACAGUCGAGCCAGGACUUUGUUGUCCUUGGCUUCCCGAUAUCUCACCCAUGACGACCAUUGUCAAGACACUGCUCAAGAGUGCCAUGCCAAAGGACAAGGACAAGAGCGGUAAAGUCAAGAAGAAAGACAAGGGUAAAGACAAGUCCCAGUCGCGUAGUAUACACGUCAGCGUCGCGCCUACUCUUCCUCCAAAGUCAGUCAAGCCACCCGGCGUUGAUCCACCACGUGCCACUACAUGGGUCGGCAACUCGCCUCCGUUAGUUGCCACAGUGGCGCCGCCCCGUUUCACUGACCUUCGCGACACUGGCCACGACCCCAGUGCCCGAGACAAGGUUGGGCCAUGGAUUCAGGCUCAUGCCGGUUACACCGAAGGUUACGAGUUUCCCGAGGCGCCUCCCAAUUUCCCGUCGCGAACAAACUCCCCUGCCGCGACUGUUCAUCCACAGGAGUCCAUCUCCGUCAUUGGCGUCGGACGUGGGGUUCCCCGCGGCCACCAGACAAUGCAGAGCUUCUCUGCCCUCCAAGAAACACCAAGGGUAUCCGCCCCUGCGCGCCCAUUGAGCGAGGUCAUGAGUCGUGGUGCUCCGGCUUACCAGGCUCGCGCCACCAACUCUCCUACGACGGGCGCGUUUACUCGAUCUCCUGCUUCUCGCGGUGCAGAAUCAUGCUCUGGUAACUCAGCUGUCACACCCAAGCCUCACCUGCAUCAGCCCAGGCCUGAACACCCUUUUGAUUAUGCCGAAGCACAGGAGGCUCGCGAACGCGAGGAGAGGCGCCAUGCGGAGCUUGCGGAAGCCGUCAGUGAGCAACGCCGUGUUGACCUCAUCGCUGCAAGAGAGGCUGCAGAGGAAGCUGAGCGCGUCGCCCAACUUGUACAUGCACGUCAGACUGCUGAUCUGGAGCUCCGCGAUCUCCUCAAGCAAUUUGGCCCGGAAGAUGCCGCCGCGCGUCGCGAGAUGAUACAAGACUACGCCUUGAAAGAUGCGCAAGCUGAGUGUGAGAUACGGGAGCGCCGCGAGCGCCAGGAGGCUUAUGACGCUGCCCUCGCGCGGCUGGUCACACCUUUAAUGGCUGGCAACAUCCAGGACAAACAUGACAGCAAGUGGGACAAUGUCUUCAGCGCUGCAGACAUGCGUCCGCGUGGCCUGCGGGACACCUUUAGCACCGAGUCGUUCGGCCACAAGCACCACGCGAACGGAAGGCCUAUCCCUGCGCCCCUUUCCCAGGUUCCCCCUUCGCCCCAACCAGCGACGGUAAUAAAUGAGCGAGCUGCGCGCGCAGACACAAUCUCCGAACACUCCGCCAAGGUUGCGCCCAAGUCCCACAGGUCCAAGCGAGCGGACAAGCACACCCACAGGCAUUCACACUCGCCCGCCCAGCUGCUGCAAAGCUCAGAGUUGACGCGCAACCUGACGUUUAUCAAGUCCAUCAACGAGCACGAGUUGGACGAGUCGGGCUCUGAAGCCGACGCAGUUUCGCAGAUGACGAGACUAACGAAGAUCGCCAAGCUUGUGGACGACAGCACAUUCCACGACGAUACGCUGUGCCAGCUCCUCGAUGCGUCACGGCUCAACCUCAUCGGCGAUCAAGCCAAGAAGACGCUUAUGCGCGCUGCCCGGAAGCGUGUCGAGGAAUUGAAACGCAAAGUGAUCCUGCACGAGGCCGACCAGAGUGCCGGCACUCCGCCUCUCAAAAUCCACAAGAAGGUACCAGGUGGCAGCGCGCCCGUUACACCUAAUGCCACAACAACCCCUCUUCCGCCUUGUGUCGCGGAGACCCCCCUUCCGGCCUGCCAACCAUCUCAGCACCCAGCCGCCGCUGCAGCGGAAUCCCGUCAGAAUGAAGAGGUGCUGCGAGAGAUCUGCGAUCGCCUUAUUAAGCUCUCGGCUGCGUUCGAAGCCGCUCAGAACAGAGGUAAUUUUGAUAUCCCAGGCGGCUUCUCAGCAGGCAAUGUCCCCCAAAUGCAACCACAGGCUCAAAUGUACCCGCCGAUGGCUGUCGACGUGCCAACCCAAGGUGGCUUUCAGACACUGCCACAGGCCCCUCUGGUCUUUCAGCAACCACCACCACCAGCACCACCACAAGGUUACCACAAAUUCGAGGAGCAGCCGCUACCCGAUAUGACCCAGCGGGUGGGCCCAAACGGAUACAUACCCACCGGUGGCCACGCAGACGAGUACAUGAUGGGUGGCGGAUCGAUUCACUCGAUUCCUACCACGGCGCAGGAACCUGUUGCCAAGGACGCCCCUUCGCCCGUUCCAUCUUCGCCUGUCGCAGUAACACAAGAUACGCCAAAGGCAACGCCCAGGUCUGCGCCACAGUUGGUGCCCGAAUCGGAAAGGACGGAGGCAUCCAAAGUUGGGACCGAAGGCUCCAGGGCUGCAUCAAAGGCUUCCAAGGCCGCUACUAAAACAUCUCGGGGCGUACCGACAGAGGCCUACGUUUCUCGAGCCUCAACACAGGCAGCUUCGGCAGUGCCAUCCUCCGCUCGGACACCCACCGGCCCCAUCAUCAACAUCUUCUCUCCCACGACUAUUCAAGGCGAGCCAACUCAGUCGCGGGCUUUCACAGAGGUUCCAAGCACACCAGCACAACAGCAGCCAGUGUCGAGCCCCCCAACCACAGACCCAUCCACAGGAACACACACUGUGCGAAGCCGACAGUCUGUCCCACCAGGAACCUCGAGCUCAUCCCGUGCUCAGCCUCCCGCCCAGGUCGUAGUGCUGGAGAGAGAGCUUCCUCCGCUUCCAGAGAGCGUGGCGUCGCACCUCACUCGUACGACGACCAAGCCCGGCGAGCCACCCACCACGGUGGCGGCGGCAAGGGCAAUCUCGCGGGCCGUCACAUCGGCGAGCAAUUCAACCCCAGGCCCCGAGUACGACAGUGGUGGCCAAACAACAGUCGCCACUCACGUCGUAGGCGGUGAGCGGCCAUGGGACAUAGUCGUGCGCCGGCUGCAUGCCAUGGCAGCUGUGUGGCAGGAGGACAACUUUGAACGCGCCAUGAACAGUGCCAGCCUCAAGCGCGAGCUCGACAUUGUACCCCUCACCAUCUACACCAUGACCAUAUACAAGUCAUACCUCCGCAACCGGCUUACCGCAUUGAACCCCAUGCCGGCCGACAAGCUUCUCGUGGCCCCCGUGCAUGCUGAGACGAUCAAUAGCUACAUCUUUGCCAAGAAGUAUAACGAGGCAGCCGCUCUGCUCACCGAUCUUUGGUCGCCACUCAGCAACAGCCCCCCGCGCGUGAUCAUUGCCAUGACAAAGCACGGGUAUCAGGAAGGCUGGCUAGCGCACCGUUGGGAUCUAACGACCGGUCACCUCACUUCGCACCACUGCGUGCACAUCGAAACACGCAUUGACCCGUACGAUAAGCGGCCGUUCAACUGGUGGCAUGCCAUUCGCGCGGCUUUCCCGGAGCGUGGUGUUUUUGAGCCACGCCUCUUGCUGGAGCGCAAUGUUCGGCACGUUUACACUGCCACACCCAGUGAUAACUCCUUGCGAGCCGCCCUCGUCACCCGCAAUCUUCUGAACGGAAACAAGAGCGAUGUCGACCACGGGCUGAGCAACCUCCGCGAUACCGUGUGGAAGAUGACGCAACAGUUGCUCAAGAAAAAGCAGGCGGGCGAGCUCCUCCCUGGCCCAGCCAGUGCCUAG